CCAUGGCUGAAGAACGUAGAUUAGUAGUUAUUGUUACUGGGGCAAAUAGCGGCGUCGGCCAGGGUAUCUGCGAGCGUUUGGUCCUCCAAAUGGCAGGCGCCCUCCCACCUCUUGAUACCCCUAUAUCUCAGGAAGAUGUAUCUUCUGCGACUUCGAUUACCCUAAUUAUGGCUUGCAGAAACAAGAAGCGUGCAGCGGCAGCUAGAACAAAGGUCCUUGACAGACUUGAACAAUCCGGGGAUCAGGAAAGACUGCGGGAGAGGCUUAGAAUCGAGCCGGAGGAUCUGGACCUCGGUAGUUUACACAGCGUGUACCGUUUUUGUAUGAAUAUGCAACACAAAUACGGUUACAUAACCCAUCUAUUCCUCAACGCGGGCACAGGGAAUUUCACCGGAGUUAACUGGCCUCUCGCGGCUUGGCAAAUCGUCACCGAAGGCACGCAUGCACUCAUCUACCCGCGAUACAAGGUUCAGGGUUUAGGAGCGAUGACGGAGGACGGGUAUGGGCUGGUCUGGCAGACGUGUGUGUUUGGGCAUUUCAUGAUGGUUCGGCUCCUGGCGCCGUUGCUGGUCAAGAGCCCGUUUAGUGACGCGAGGGUGAUCUGGACCACCUCCGUAGAAGCCGAUAUCGCUGCAUUUGAGACAGACGACUGGCAGCUGUUCAAAGACUCCGCUCCAUAUGAUGCCGCCAAGUAUCAGCAGGAGCUUCUCUCCUUCUCCCUCGAUCAGGAGUUUGCCCAGCAAGCGGAGACGAGGCAUGUGAGGAGUUUUGCAAUCGAACCUGGCGUGUGUGCCACUUCGAUCUAUACUGAGACCCUCGGAUGGUUCCUUGACAAAGCGAUGAUAUUAUGCCUCCACCUUUGCCGCUUGGCCGGCUCACCAACACAUGUCGUCGACCCGUUCAAAGGCGCGGUCGGUGCAAUCUACGUUGCCCUUGUUGCGCUUUCUUUACUCCCCUCCGUGGGCGAGCCGACUCGAUACGGUGCACGGUGUCACUGGCUCGGGCAGGAAUACCCCGAGAAGGUCCUGAUAGAUUCCAAGCACUGGGAUAUGAAGAAGGCGGCCGAUCUGAAGGACAACUGCAACAGAUUGUGCGAUUCGUUGGUGCAGAAAUUCAAGGAAGAAGACGCGUCAGAGAUGAAUGGUGUCGCUAACGAGAAAGAGAAUUGAUGGUCAAUUUUGUCUUGCUUCCAUUGGGUGGAUUUACGUUUAUCAUUGAUGCAUAUACCGUUGUCAACUU